AUGGAGGUGAUUGCCACAGCGCAUGGUGGGCCUGAGGUACUCGCGGUCCGUCCGUCCUCGCACACCCCCGACGUAACGCAGCUCGAGGAGGGUCAGGUGCUGACUCGCAACACCUACGCUGGCGUGAACUUCAUUGACACCUACUUCCUUUCCGGGCUUUACAAGAAGCCGACGAUGCCGUACGUCUUGGGCGAGGAGGGCGCGGGCACGGUCGUCAAGGUAGGCCCCGGUGUGUCGGAGACGAUGCUUGGAAAGCGCGUCGCCUACUUUGGUGGUGUCGGCUGCACCGGCAGCUACGCUGCCUUCACAGUGGUCCAAGCCUCUGCGCUGCUCGAGGUGCCGGAUGGGGUAACUGAUGCGCAGGCGGCGGCGGUGCUGUGCCAAGGUCUGACGGCACACUACCUUGUGGACUCCAGCUACCCGUGCGGCCCAGGCUCCACGGUGGUGGUGCACGCCGCCGCUGGAGGAACGGGGCUGCUGGUAUGCCAGAUGGCGAAGCUGCGCGGUGCGCGCGUGAUCGGCAUCUGCGGCGGCGCGGAGAAGGCAAUGCUGGCGACGUCGGUGGGCCGCGCAGACGUGGUGAUCGACUACGUGGCGACGCCGGACUGGCCGCCGCUGGUGCGCGCGGCGGCGCCGAAGGGUGUGGAUGCGGUGUACGACGGUGUAGGCCAGGCAACCUUUGCCUGCAGCCUGUCGGUGCUGCGGCCACGCGGCUACAUGAUUUCGUUUGGCAACGCGAGCGGCGCCGUGCCGCCGAUCUCUCCGCUGGAGCUGUCGCGCGCGGGUAGCGUGUACCUGCAGCGGCCGACACUGGUCGACUUUAUAUCCUCUCCCGAGGAGAUGCAGCGCCGGACGUCGGAUGUGCUAGGGUGGGUGGCGUCAAAGCAGGUGCAGCUGACGAUCGGGCACGAGUACCCGCUGCGGGAGGCGGGGCUGGCCCUGACGGACCUGCAGUCCCGCAAGACGACGGGCAAGCUGCUGCUGAGGUGCACCGACUAA